UCGUAAAUCAAUUUGUAAAAUCUUUUGGCUAUGGAAGAGGCGAGUGAGAAAAAACAUAAAACUUGGAGCGACGAGGAACGUUUAGUACUUGCUUCGAAAUUAGAUGCAGAGUUGGAUGAAUAUAUAAGUAAUUUAGAGAAAAAAAGCUAUACGGAAGGAUGGCCAGAGGAUCGGUGGCAAGAAGAAAUGGAAAAGCAUCCUUUCUUCAUGAAAAAAGUACCAGAACCAGGGGAAGAACUUUCUCCUUUGAUGGAAGGAUUGCAACAACUUAAAUAUGGGGAGGAUGAGAACACGCCCGAGGAAUUAGCAAAUAAUUAUAAAGAGGAUGGAAACUUUAAUUAUAAGUAUAAGAAAUAUAGGUUGGCUAUUUUAAGUUACACGGAAGGUAUAAGGACCAAAUGUAAAGAAACAGAAUUAUUGGCUCAGCUCUAUAACAAUAGAGCCGCUGCUCAUUUCAUGUUGGAAAAUUAUCGAUCGAGUUUAAACGAUUCCAAGCAUGCUCUAAAAUUAAAACCAAAUUAUUCAAAAGCUACGAGUAGAGCUGCUACUUGUUGUUUUCAUGUUAAAGACUAUGAUCAGUGUAUUGAUCUCUGCGAUCAAUUUUUAAUUCAUUCUCCAACCGAUAAAACAAUAUUAGGUUUAAAAUCACAGGCUGUAGCUGCGAAAGAACGUUUAAAGAGAGAUAAAAGGAAAUUAGAUAGAUUAGAAAAGCAACUAAAUAAAGAAGAAGAAGAAUUACUAGACAUUAUCAAAAGCAAGGGUAUUAAUUUAGAAUCGAUCAACGGAAGAAAAAAUCCAGAUUUGAAAGAUUUAGAACCUAGGAUACCGCAAAUAGCACAAAGCAGAGUUCAUCUGGACGCUGAAAAUAAACUUAUUUGGCCAGUAAUGAUUUUAUAUCCGGAAACGAAACAAACGGAUUUCAUACAAAAUUUUCACGAGAACACAUUGUUAAUAGAACAAUUAGAACAGCUUUUUAACGAGCCACCAGAAUGGGACUCUGAGCGACGUUAUACCGUCCAAAAUAUAAACGUUUAUUUCGAGGGUAAAGAUAAAUAUUCCGUCCAUAAAGUAAAUAUAAACCAUUCUUUAGAGAAAGUACUACGGGACGAACGAUUCAUUGUACGAGGAGGAACUCCAGCAUUUUUAAUUCUCGUGAAAUCGAGCGAAGCAGAAACGAAAUUUUUAACAAAUUAUACGUAAUCUUGUUACACGUGAUCCGUA